AUGCCAUACUUAUACCAUCUCGUCCUUUCCAUCGGCGAAGAACAGGACAUCUCGCAAAGAGUAGGAUUCCGGAAAGUGGAGCUGAAAGAUGGAAUGAUCAAAGUCAAUGGUGAGGGAGUUGUGUUCCGUGGCGCUAACAGACAUGAGCAUCAUCCGACUCUUGGUCGGGCAGUACCAUUUGAAUUCAUGAAGCAGGAUCUUCUACUCAUGAAAAUGCAUAAUCUGAACUCGGUCCGCACAUCUCACGCUCCUAGCGAUCCAAGGCUCUACGACUUAUGUGAUGAGCUGGGCUUGUGGGGUUUGAAUGAAGCUGAUCUUGGAUGUCAUGGCUUCGAGACCAUAGCGGACGCAAACCUCGACCCAGCUCAGAAAGCUCUCCCUUUCUUCGAGCGGCAGCAGGUUACCAAGAAAGACGCAGCGGCCUGGACAAGCGACAGUCUAGCCUGGCGAGAAGCAUAUGUCGACCGUGCGCAACAGAUGGUAAUGCGUGAUAAGCUACAUCCUUCCGUCAUAAUCUGGAGUUUUGGCAAUGAGGCCUUCUACGGUCGCAAUCAUACCGCCAUGGCCGAGUGGAUAUAUGCGGCCGAUCCGACAAGACUAGUACAUUAUGAGCCAGCCCUUGAUGCUGCAGAUGUCGACAUGCAUUCGCGGACGUAUCCGCACAUCCACGAGACAUCAUCGCUUUCGCCAAAGAUCAUGCUCGGACUAAGCGUUUGGUCCUUUGCGAGUUCAUACAUGCGAUGGGCACCGGACCGGGAUGGCACAAAUACACCUUACUAUGCUUACGGAGGUGACUUCGGAGAUGAGCCGAACGAUGGCAAAUUCGUCAUGGACGGUGUGCUGGAUUCGGAUCAUAAGCCGAAUAGUGGUCUGCAGGAGUACAAGAAGGCGAUCGAGCCGGUACAGCUUGUCCACUUUGAUGGUAAACAGGUGACGGUCACAAAUCGAUAUGAUUUCAUCACCCUGAAUGGUCUCGUUUGCAGCUGGCAGAUCACGAGUGAUGAUGGAUUGAUGGUCAAGCUCACUCUACCAGAGUCUGCAAUUUCGACAUCACGUCAAGAGGUCCUUGUCAAGCUCUCCUUCAAGCUCAAGGACGACACUACUUGGGCCGUGGCCGGACACGAGGUAGCCGCAAUACAAGUAUCCACCACACCCACCUCGAUCGUGUCCCGGGUUCCAUCAACUGCCACAUCACGGCUGAACGUUAUGGAGAAAGGCGCUAUCCUAGAACUCAGUGGCACAACAAGCACUUGGACCUUCGAUCGUGCCUUCAGCCACCUCACAUCCGGGGCCAAGAACGGCCAAGAACACCUAGCCGCACUGGUAACGCCAACCUUCUACCGCGCUGUAGCAGACAAUGAUGCCCCACAAGACUGCUGGGAUUGGAAAGACCGCAAGCUCGAUAAAGCGAAAGUCCAGAUGCGCUCCUUCAAUUGGAACCAGGAAGACGACGGCGUGGUGAAAGUGACAGUCGAGCAGAAGUUCAUGCCAUUCGUACUUUCCUGGAGCAUCGAUCUCGUCGUCAUCUACGCCAUGUCACCUCAUGGAGGCCUCACAAUCGAAGUUAAGGGUACCCCUACUGGCCUCAAUCUACGGAAGACACUAUCUCUGCUGGGCGUAACACUGGGCCUGCACAAAGAUUUUCAGCAUGUCAAGUGGUUCGGUCGUGGGCCCGGAGAAAGUUACAAGGAUAUGAAACUCGCUCAAUCUGUAGGCCUGUACACCAACACCGUGCCAGGACUCUGGACGGGUCCAGAGUUUCCGCAGGAAUGCUCGAAUAGGACUGAUAAUCGGUGGUUGGAACUAAGCAACGAGAGCAAUGACACAACUCUGAACGUGCAGCUCAUGCAGCCCGAGGAUAACACUAAAAGAUAUCUUUUGAGUUUCAUGGCAAGUGUGUACGACGACAAGGAUAUCGAUGCUGCGAAGCACCCCUAUGAGCUGGAGAGGAAGAAGAAGGACUUUGUGGUAUUGAGGCUCGGGGCUGAUCAUCAUGGGCUUGGGACGGGCUCGUGUGGGCCUAAGACUUUGGCAGAGUAUGGAUUGAAGACGCAUCCCUUUGAGUUUGCACUAAAGGCUGCAGUAGCUUACAAUACGAAGGUAAGACAUGGAUGUUCAAGGUGGCGACGCGAUUCGUCCAGUCCGGGCACCUGGAUUGCACAUCCUCUGUCCUCUCGUCUCCAAGCUGCUCAAGCUUCUCAACCAUGA